GAAAUUAGGUAUUACAAUGCUGAUUUAUAACAAAUACGAUAUCCAAUUCGUCACUGAAUUCCCAUGUUUUUUGGGAUACCCUGUCGUUAUCUCUACCAAAUCAUAUAUUAGAUCUUAAUCCAAAAAUCCACAUUCAGAGUACGAGAACUCGUAAUAAUUAAAUACAUUUUUUGCAGGCUGUACAGUGAACACUUUAAUGCACAUGAAAUAAACGAUAUUUUGUAAAUAUGUAUAUUGUACAUUGUAAAUUGCUCAUUGUCACUUAUGUUCAUUGUUUUUUUUUCUAUUAAACCAUUUUCUUGUAUAUGUUACUACUUUCAGAUUCAAACUAAUAAAACCAUGAACACUACUAGACCUUGUGGAUGUAAAGGGCAUCGUAGCUGUGCUGUUUGUGAAGCUGACUUUGGUAUAGUGGGUGCUAAACCUGUCUGGCUGGAUAAUAAAGACAGAAUUUAUUAUUAUGACUUGGGAGGAGACAAUUUAAAGAUUGAAACACUUGGUUUGAGUGGUCUCCAGGUUAUCCCAGAAUUCAUAUCAAAGGAGGAGGAGAUCGCAUUAGUGAAAGACAUGGAUGCACUGCCCUGGGAUAAAUCUCAGUCCGGGAGAAGGAAGCAGAACUAUGGUCCUAAAACUAACUUUAAAAAGAAAAAAGUUAAAAUUGGAGAGUUCAAAGGAUUUCCACAAACCACAAAGUAUAUUCAGGACCGUUUCUCAACUGUUGAUUUGCUAGCUGGUUACCGUACUGUUGAACAAUGUUCCAUUGAAUAUACUCCAGAGACUGGUUCUUCAAUAGAUCCCCAUAUUGAUGAUUGUUGGAUAUGGGGCGAAAGGAUUGUUCAGCUCAACCUAUUAUCCAGUACAUAUCUUGCACUUAAACCUUACACAGGGAAUCAUGACAGAUACAAUUUAAAGGAUGUUGAAAGCUAUCCUGCGACUAUACAUAAUGGGUCUGUUGUACAUAACCCAGUUGUUGGCAAGCUCUUCGAUAAACCAUACACUUUCAGUCGUAAUUACAAUCAGCAAGAAAAGACUGGAGCCCAUACAUACAUAGAAAACAAUGAGAAGAAAGACCCUGAAAAUAAAGUGAAAAACACAGACCAGUCGGAGUUCAUGGUCAAGAUCCCUCUUCCACCAAGAUCAUUGCUGAUUAUGUAUGGAAAUUCCAGAUAUGAGUGGGAGCAUGCAGUACUUCGACAGGAUAUAUCGGAUAGAAGACUAAUAAUUGCUUAUCGUGAGUUGACUCCUCCUUACCUGCCUUCAGAUGAGGGUGUUGAAAUUCUAGAACAGGCAAAUAAAUUUUGGUGAGACCGUUUUCCCAUCUACAGUGCUCAUAUAAAUAUGCAUCAAAUGAAUGAAAAACUUACCAAAUGUGAUUUUUUAUUAUGAAUUAUAAUUUUUUCUUAUAUUCCUAUGAUUUAUUAAAUAAAUAAAAAUAUGA